UUUAAUUGCAGUAUCUUAAAGGUUCUAAUACAGUUGAAGAUAGAUAGCAGCAUCCACAGACCAGUGCCAAUGGCAUUAUUAAAAUUUCUAACUGAUUGUAAGGCAAACAAAGCCCAAUCCCCACGACGAAGAUCGGUGCCAUACCUAGUAGCCCUUGCUUUGGUUUUGCUCACAACAAUUUUCUUUAUCUAUAAGCUCUGCACUAAUCGUUAUGAGACCUACGUUUGUAACACGAAGGAAUGCAGGGACACUGCUUCCGAGGUAGUCAAGAAAAUGAAUGUGUACGUGGACCCCUGUAAUAAUUUCUAUGAGUUUGCCUGCGGGACCUACAACGAUAAAGCGAUCAUACCUGAAGACAAGACUAGCAUUAAUCGGUUCAACGUCAUCGAAGAUAAGCUACUAGAGCAACUCAAGGACAUUAUCUCAGCCGAGCCAUCUGAAAACGCUCCCAAACACUUCCGUUUGCCAAAUUUAUAUUACAAGGCUUGCAUAAAUACGACUUGGAUUGAAACUUUGGGCUCCACUUCAAUUACCAAUAUUGCAAAGUCUAUGGGUGGCUGGCCAUUGCUCGAGGGCGAUAAAUGGAAUGAGAAUAACAAUUUUAAAUGGCAAGAGCUAGUAAAAAAUUUCCGUGCUCAAGGAUUUGACUUUGAGUACAUCAUUGACUUCUCCGUUGAAGCCGAUCUGCGGAACAGCUCCAAGCGAGUCAUGAGUUUAGAUCAAGCUGACUUAGCGGUAAGUCGGGAAUACCUGGUGAAAGGCGAGAAUGAGACUCUGGUCAGCGCCUAUUAUGAUUACAUGGUAGACAUUGCUGUCCUAUUCGGUGCCAAGAAGAACGAAGCUAAGGAACAGCUAAGGCAAUCCCUUCAAUUUGAAAUAGAUUUAGCCACCAUCUCUUGGCCCAAGGAGAAGUUUCGUAACUCUUCCGUAAUGUUUAAUCCGUUCACUCUGCAGCAACUGAACGCCGCAUAUCCCUAUGUUGAUUGGGUGGACUACCUAAACGCCUUGUUGCCAAAAGGACUUAGUGUACAGGAGAAUGAUAUUAUUAACGUGAAUGUGCCCCCAUUCUUUGAGAAGUUGGGAAAAUUGUUGGCCAAGACGCCGAAUCGUGUGAUUGCCAACUAUUUGAUGUGGCGCAUUCAUGCCUUCUCUAUUCGUUACCUUAGCGAAGAUUUUCAUAAUCGGCGAGAAAAGUAUCGUAUGACUAUAGAUGGUCAUCAGAAGCAGGAGGAGCGGUGGAAGGAGUGCAUCAACAUUGUCAACAAAGACUUUGACAUAUCCGUGGGCUCGCUUUACGUCCGAAAACACUUCGAUCAAGACUCGAAAGCCAAUGUUCUGGAAAUGGUUAAUAACGUUCGCAAAGUCUUCUACUUUAUACUUCAUGAAGUCAACUGGAUGGACGACAAGACAAGACAUGAGGCCAAGAAGAAACUAAACAAUAUGGAAGCCCACAUUGGUUAUCCAGAUGAGCUUCUCGACGACAAAGAGCUUGUCAAAUACUAUGAGAAUCUUAAGAUAAAUCCCGACAACUUUUUUGAAUCCCGUUUAGCCAUUAACAUGUUUGAGACGGACAUCGUUUUUAACCUCUUGCGUUUGCCCGUUAACAAAACCGAUUGGAUUUUUCAUAGUCGAGCAUCUGAAGUUAAUGCCUUCUACUCAACCAUGGAGAACAGUAUUCUGAUUCCGGCUGGUAUUAUGCAAGAUUUCUUCUUCAGCGCUCAGCGUCCCAACUAUAUGAACUAUGGAACGAUUGGCAGUGUAAUAGGACAUGAAAUCACUCAUGGAUUUGACGAUGAGGGUCGCCAGUUCGAUAGUGACGGCGACAUGCGGGAUUGGUGGCAACCCGACACAGCGAAGGCUUAUCUGAAGAAGGCUCAAUGUAUAAUUGAACAGUAUGGGAAUUUUACGGAUCGUUUAACUGGCUUGAAAUUGAAUGGCAUCAAUACGCAAGGCGAGAAUAUCGCCGAUAAUGGUGGCGUCAAGGAGGCUUAUAGAUCUUACCAAAGCUGGGUAGGAGACCAUGAACCAGAGCCAAGACUGCCCGGACUGGGCUAUACUCCACAGCAAAUGUUCUGGAUUUCGUUUGCACAAAACGGGUGUGCUAAGGACCGUCUGAAAGAACGAAGAGAAACGAUUACAACAGACGUGCAUUCGCCAGCGGAGUUCCGUGUGUUGGGACCGCUGCGCAAUUCGAAAGACUUUGCUAAAGACUUUCAAUGCCCAGAAGGCUCACCAAUGAAUCCCGUGCAUAAAUGUGAAGUGUGGUAGAUUUAAUUCUUUAAAAAUAUAUUUUAUUGAUUUUGUUAUUAAAGAGAUGCAGUUAUU